CGUCGUUUCAUCAUGUUAUGCCCUCGCGCAGCGGCAACGAACUGUCUGCAGUUUCUUGCAGUGGUUCUUGUAUACGCGCACCAGGACUCGUAGCACGACAUUUAAGUACAUCAUCGCUAGGACGAUUUUUUUCAGUGUGACCACCUCGAAGACGGGAAGUAGAUAAGUUCUGGGUCGCACCGGGCCACACCAGUCAUUUGUCUUCCCAUGGUCUAUGCCAUGAUGUUGAAGCUACGGCCUAUACGGCCGUAAUGAAACUUUCUGGGAGGCGAAUUCUGAAGUAUAACCACGAAUAGUAAAGCAACAAAAUCUUCAAGAUGGAGUCCAAUCUGCUCCAGCACCGGCAUGUGUUUGGGUACAAUCCCCAGGUGCGGAAUGGCUUACAUUUCGCUGAGGACAGACAGGUGCUGUACCCGGCCGGGCAGACAUGUGUCCUCACCCACACGGAAAAAAAACAGCAGACGUUCUUUCAAGGUAAUGUGGAAAAUUUCCGGGAAUUUGUGUUGCGACAAUGAAUUAUAUGAAUAUGAUCGAGCGACGUGCUGUUCGUCCUGUGCUCUUAUCCAGGCUAUGGCUGAUGAAAUGCGUUGGUUGCCGCGUGAAGAUGCAUCUGCACAGCUCGGUCAACAUGUACUUACUCAAAACUCUACCUUUAUUUUCCGCCCAGGUACGGAGAAAUGGAACGGUAUUUCGUGCAUGGCGCUCUCGCCGAACCAGCGGUACCUCGCCGUCGCGGAAAACCAGUCCCCGAACAUCAGCAUUUUCGACGUGCUGACCACCCGAAAGCUGACCACUUGUGCGGUCCCCUCGACGAGCAGUAGUGGCAGUUCUUCCUCCAACCCCGGACCAAAAGAGUACGUGUCCCUCGCCUUUUCGCCCGAAAACCAGUUUCUAUUAACGCAGGGCGGGAGCUCCAAUUCCUCCGGCGGGCUGUCCGGAAACAACGCCAGCGGCGGGGGAAACAAUGCCUCCGUGGGGAAACAGUCCUCGUCCGGCGGGCAGGGCGCGAUUUCCGGCGGGGGCACCGCGAGCCACACGGUGGUUGGUGCGCCCAACGAUUGCGCGUUGCUCUACUGGAACUGGGACAAAAAUCGAGUCAUGGCGGCGUGUAAGGUACAACGAUCUAGUGGCGAUUUGGUUCCGGUCACAGAAUUAGUUUCUAGCGGCACAGGGGACGGAACAGAGACGGCAGGGAAUCCCGACGAGCCCGUACCGCCGACGAGUCACGACCCAACGCACCAGGUCGCGUUCCACCCCGCGGACAGUUCGGUCUCCCUGAUAGUCGGGAAAAGCAUCUGUAAACUCCUCAGGUACGGCGAGGGCGGGUUUAGCGUGGCGGCCAGCUUGCCGCAGGCCAAGGGGGAGGUAGGUUGAUGUGUUUCGAUCAUGCAUUUUUACAAAUCUUGUUCUUAAGGUAAAUCAGCAUUGCAAAUUUUAUUUCUCAUGCUAAGGAAAUUUGUAGUGCAUUUUAUACAAAUGACUUUCCAGAAUUUCCUCUCCCACUGCUGGCUUGCGGACGAGCGACUAGUCGUCGCAGCGGAGUCCGGUCAGGUGUACCUGAUGAGCGCGACAUAUGGAGUUCUCGAACGUUAAAUUCUCAACUGUUGCAUGAAUUCGCAAUGCAAGAAUAUGAAAAUUGGCCGGGGCAUUUUGGAUUGCACCUCGCGCAUUACAAAUUUGGAACGGAUUUCCAUUGCUAUUUACCCCUUGUUCAAGAAUUUGUCAUGCGAACCAGCUUCAUUGUCUGGGGGCUGAUAGCAUUUUUGCAUGACAAGUCAUGUCACAGUUGAGAGCGUAACGUUUGAGAGUUCCAUACGACAGAGCUUGAAUUGGAGCACAUCCUCGAGGAAAAGUUCGACAAGUGCGCGGACUUUCACUUCGCCCGAUUUUCCAAGGGUUUUCUCGCCUCCAGCACUGACGCGCGGGUGUGCUUCUUUUACAGCGAGGAGGGGACGUUUUUGAAAAAGGCCGAGGUGGCCAUCCCCAACCAGGAAACCGCGAUCGGUGGGCUGAACAUCGACGGGUCGAACAUAACGUGUAAGGGCUUGGCAAUGUCGAGUUCAGGGAACGAGGAUUCUUUCGUCUUCGGUACUAGCUCCGGGCAGAUCUACAAGGUAGUUUUACCUGCCGGGCUGGAAAAGCCACAGAAUCUGGAAAACGCGGGAUUGACCCCCGUGCCGCUUUUGGCGGGGUUUCACGUCGGGCCGGUGAACGGUACUUAUUUUUACGAGCGAUUUUCAUUGCAAAACCAAAUGAUAAACAAAGACUCACGUGUAUGCAGAACCAGAAUCCGCUAAGUUCGAGAUGAGGCUUGUGAUGCAUGAAAAUUUUCCAGCAAAGUAGAUGAAAAUGAAACUCCCAACCAAAACCUCCAGGUAUGGACGUCUGUGUCCGCAAGCCCUUAAUCGUGACCGCCGGCGCGGACCGCACCGUGCGUGUUUGGAAUUACCAAGACCGAUCCGCGGAGCUCUGCAAGUCCUUUGCCGAAGAGCCUUUCGCCGUCGCCAUACACCCAAAUGGGUUUUUGGUGAUCGUGGGGUUUUCCGACAAGUUGCGAUUGCUGAACUUGAUCAUGGAAGACCUGAAACCCUCUAAAGACAUCCCCAUCAAGGGCUGCAGAGAGGUCCGGUUUUCCAACGGCGGGCACUACUUCGCCGCCACGAACAACAACCUAACGCAAGUCUUCAAAACCUACACGGGCGAACUGGUUUACACGCUGAGGGGGCACAACAACAAAGCCCGGGCGGUUUCGUGGUCGUUGGACGACAGUGGGUUGGUGAGCUGCGGAAUGGACGGCGGAGUUUACGAGUUUGACAUGCUGCAAGACGCGCACAGGAAGUCUGACUGGGUGCAAAAGGGAGUGGCGUUCACCGGGUUGAGCGUCGCGACAGACCCAUAUACACUGGGGAAUACCAUGUAUAUUUGAAAUUUGGAUUUUUUCCAGCAUUUCUUGUUGCACCGCGAAGUUGCACAUGUGUUGGGAUGAAGGCAAUAGACUCAUCGCGCACGACUGAGAGGUCUUGAAAAAUAAAUGCACAUGCUUGUUCCGCAUCACAUCAAAAGGUACAUCUCCGGUUCCGACCGCCAGCUACGCGAGGUUUACAACUGUUCCAUGCAGCAAUGCUUCGAAACGGGCGACAGUUGUCUCAACUCCCUGGCGCUCGCCAACGGCAUGAAGGCCCUUCUCGCCGGCGCAGACAGCGGGCAGGGUUUCGUCCGAUGCUACCGAUUAUGCAUUGCAAAAAUAUCGUACGACGUUCGUAGUGUAAUGCGCAUCACAAAUUUUUUUGGUAUGUAAGGACACAAGUCGUGGGAUUUGUAACGCUGAUUCAGUUUGUGAAAAAUUUUUGUCAUGCGGGGCUGCAAUCCAUACCACUGCGAUACUUUUGCAGAGCAUACCGAUUUCCCUUGGAAGCGCUGGAUUGUACGGAUUACGCCGCUAUCCUGUGCAAAAGUAUCGUACUCGUAGUAAUUGCAUUUCUGCAUUACAAAUUUAUUUUUCAAGGUAAAUCAGCAUUACAAAUUCCAUUUGUAAUGCUAAGUCAAUUUGUAAUGCAUUUAUACGAGUACGAUACUUUUGCAGUUCAUAGCCGCUCACUGCGCCCCGGUGUCGCGGAUCCGAGUUUCUUUAGACGAUCAAUUCGUUUUCACUUGCGGCGAGGACGGGUGCGUGUUUGUGUUCGAUUUGAGGAAGCAGAACCUGGUCAGCCUGCCAAUCGCGGGGUGCAACCUAGCGAAGGAAGCAGUGAAGAAACGGGAGCACGGGACCGCGACCGCGAUAAAGCUGGAGACUUACAACGACAGAAGUCUACUCCCGUACUCCGACGAGAUUUUGGUGACAAAAACUUUUCUCGACGAGAAGCAGGGGCAGCUCGUGGAGUUGGAGCGACAGGUCGACGAGCUGUCGAAUCAGAUAGAGUUCCAGUUGAGGCACCGGGAUCUGUAUCACAAGGAGAAAAUUGCGGAAUUGGAAGACCGGUUCGGGCAAGAAAUCGAGCAGGAAAGGGCAAAAUACGAGCUGUUGCGGGAAGAGAAAAACGACAUGGAAAUGGAAUGCGAGGAAAAUAUUCGGUACUAUAGUUGUUUUGGUGCAUUGGAUUUUAUGCAUGACAAACUCCCUACUUUGCCGAUGGUAUUGUGCAUGACAAGUGAAUCUGAAUCUUCAUCACAACAGCGCUAUCGAAGAGAAGCACGCGAAGCAGAUUCAGGAUAUUGAGGCGUCGUUUCAACAGAAAAUGAUGGUCGAAGUUGGGAGGUAUCAGAAGUUGUCGGCGACACGGGACAGGGAACACCAAGAUUGGGAAAGCUCCUACAAGGAAAUACUGGCGAAACAUACGAGAGAGGUACGAUGUAGUGUCUUGCGAUGAAGCUGCGCUUUCUGCAUGAGAAGUGACGCGUGCAAUGGACUACAGUCCCGCAUGACAAGCUGAAAAGAUUGAAUACGUCAUUACAAAUCAGAUCGACGACAAUGCGCGGAAGUUCCAAGAGCAGAGGGGCGAGGGCGAGGCGCAACAGAGCAGGAUAUUGGCCGAGAAGGAUCUGUCCGAUAGAAUUCACCGGGAAACGUUGAAUCAGCUCGAGCAAGACGCGGAUCGGGAGGUCGAGGAACUGAAGGAACAGUACGAGGAAAGACUCACCGCGGAAAGAGACGAUAAGGUAAGUAAGUACAUUUUUUUGUAUAAUCAUGCCUACUUCUUGCCUUACAAAAGACAUGGCUCGACGUGUAUUCUAUGCAUGGUACUAACUUUCCACUUUCUUUCAAAUCACUAUACCAGGUUCGCCUCCGUGGGCAGGCCGGAAUCCACAGGAAGCACCACGAAGAUCUGAAGAGGCAAAUGCUGAAAAAAGAGGAAGAGUUUCGGUUUUUCAGCGAAGAAGCACGGAAAAAGCAGGAGAAGAUAGACGCGAGCAUAUUGGAAAGGGAACAGAACAUGAAGGAAAUUAAAGACCGAGACAGGACGAUAGGUAAUGUGCGUUUUUAUAAAGCUAACGCUGCUACGUUUUGUCAUGCAGCGCACCAACAAGGAGUUUCUUUUGUCAUGCGAGAUUGUGCAACGCUGAGUAUGAAAAAUUAACAUUUUAUUCCAGGCGACAAGGAAACGAAGAUCUACGAGCUGAAAAAGCAGAAUGCAGAAUUGGAAAAAUUCAAGUUUGUCCUGGACUACAAAAUCAAGGAACUCCGUAUCCCACGAAAAAACUGUUUCACUGUGAAGAUGAUUCUGCAAGAUCUGCAUCACAAGUUUCUUACACAUGACACAGAAAAUUUGCCUUGCGUGCUUCCAAAGGGAAAACGCCGUUAAAGAGUCAAGGCCUUCCAGGUGUAGCAAGACAAAGAGUUCUGUGUUGCAUUCUAUGCAUCACAAGUUCGCAGUGAAACAGUUUUUUCUUGCGAUACUCCGCGCGCAAAUUGAGCCGAAAAACGCGGAUAUUGCACAGAUGAAGCGGAUAUGCAUUGCAAAUAUGUCUUGGUCUGGACACUUGUAAUGCAAGGAAGGGAAUUAUAGUGAGCACACUUUAAUGCGCUGCCAAGCAUGACAAGUUUUUCCGUGCUUCUGAGUUGCGAACUCCGCAUGAGAAACUGCGUUUUUGCAUGACAGGCAAGAGGAGCUGCUCUUUGCGGUGACGCAACACAGAGUUCAGAGUCAUGCCAGAUUAGCAUGACAAAUCUCGCAACUUCCCAGACCCAGACAUAUUUGCAUUUGAUAGCGAAUUAUCCAGACCAUGGACAGCGAUCUAGAGGAAUACCACCGCAAAAACAAAACCCUGCAAACCGACAUCGGGAAUCUCCAGUCGAAACAGCAAAGUCUUCAGGAGGAAAUUCUCUUGCAAAGAAAAAAAGUCGCGGACGCCAUGACGAAAUCCAAGAAGAUAAAACACGAUCUGUUUGAACUCUCUGACAUGAUGAACAACGUGUCGGUGAAAGAGUUCCGGGAGAAGUUUUUGAAGCUCUCGGACAAGUACCUGAAUUAUCCUGUGCAAAAGUAUCGUACUCGUAUAAAUGCAAGUCUUGCAUUACAAAUCCUUUUCUUAAGGUAAAUCCGCAUUACAAAUUUUAUUUCUCAUGCUGAGGGAAUUUGUAAUGCAAUUAUAUACUAGCACGAUGCUUUUGCAUUGCACAUGAAUGCGCAUUUGGCAACCUCGCCGAAGAGUUCACCGCAAAGCAAGAACAACGCCACGGUGAAAUCCAACCCCGCAGCGACAACAACAACAAAUUCCAGCAUGAACCAGACGAAGUCUUCCGCCAUGUCAGCGGAAGAGAUUCAGGAACAAAUCCAAAUCACAAACGAGUACGCCAAGCAGAAAGAAUACCUGCAGAAAUCGGUGCAGAGUCUGACGAAAAAGUUGCACAAGGACAGUGAGACGCACAAAAAGGAUAUCGCAAGAAAAAAGUGUUACAGUUACACACUGUGUUGCAAGACCGGCAACACAGACAACCUUUCUCAUGCAGGAAAUGCUUUGGAUCCUCAUUUCCUUCCUGUUUUCCCUUAUGUUUUCUGCAUUGCAAGUUUUCUCUCUCAUGCAGAGAAAAUUUGUGUUGCGGAAUUGACAACAAAUGUGUAACUGUAACACUUUUUUCUCGUGAUAAAGGACAACCAGACGGCGAUGCAAGACAACAUGCGCCUGAUCCAAACGAUCGAUUCCUUGCGAAAGGAGAUCACCCAACUGAAACUCGACGCCGCGCCGGUCAUUGGGCAGGAUAAGAAGUAAGGGGGAUUUAUUUUGUCGGGUUCGGUCUCGGGUUGCUGGGUUGUGGGGAGGCGGAAAGAAAGGAACGGGAGUUGCUCCUUAGCGGAUGAAAUUAAAGUGUUGAAAUUCUUUCGAACUUUGUCAUGUAGAAACUUAGAGAGACUUUCUUACGUUACCGAUGAGAAACUUCUUCUGUGCAACUACUCUGCGGAGUAGCUAUCAGAGAAACAGAUCUUGUUCAACCUAAUCGAAUAUUACAAGCUAUGAUAGGCUAGAACAAAAGGCCUAAGUAGUAGAUGAACCCAAUAAAAGGAAUUGUAAGUCGCUCGAGAGGGUGCGGGUGGAGUCCAAAAGUCGCAUUGUUUCAUCAGCGAUUUUGGACCUUCCUACGCUUCUCUGAUUUUUAGGUUUUAAGAUAGCCGAACACAAGAAAACAAAGUAGUCUAGUUCUUCUGUAAUCUUCGCGAGGACAAAGAGGUUAGAAUCGACAAUGCGGUGAACAAAGAACGAGUCGAACACACAAAAAAGAUCGAAACUGUUAAUGCGCAGGCUGCUAAUGAGCAUGACAGAUUCCCUCGUGGAGCUGGAGGCAGCGAAUGCGAAAAGAUUCAAGCGGCGUAUUAGGGUCUAAGAAUCCACUUCGUGUGAGACUUUCAGAUCUGUAUUGGUCACAGUGGAGAUCUGUGGUAGAAACACAGUGGAGAUCUCAUUUAAGUAGUUUUCUGUGAGCAAGUCGAUCCAAUCCUUGACGUACGUGCACCUCGUGAUGGAUGUGAGUGAGGCAUGACCUGUGAUACUAGCGCAGGAACAGAAGACAGAUUGAAAAGAUCAACUUCUUGCAGGCUACAUGUGAAGAUGUC